AUGGCCCGUGUGCAUUGCAAAAAUUUGGUGAGAAUAUAUAAACCAUCUUUCUUCUUUCUCUUUGAGACUCAUACUAUGUUUAAUAAUUUGAAGAAUUUUUGGGAUAAGUUGGGUUUUCAUUGUGUUGGUAUUGAGGAAGCAGUAGGACACAGGGGUGGCAUUUGGUUUCUAUCUUCUAUUGCUAAUGCUUCUUGUGUGGUUAUUGAUCAAAUUGACCAAUGUAUCACAGUGAAAGUGAGUGUGGGCCAUAAUAGACCAUGGAUGGCCGUUGGUGAUUUUAAUGAGACUGUGGCACCAGAUGAGAGUACAGGUGCUUAUUUUUCUUCUCACAGAGCUAGUCUAUUAGCUACUACUCUAGAUGACUGUGAGUUCUUUGAUCUUAAAGUGACUGGUAGGAGAUAUACUUGGUAUAGAGCAGUUCAGGCUGGUAGGAACUUGGCUAAAAGGUUGGAUAGAGCUAUAGUUAAUGAGGCGUGGAUGACAAUGUUUCCUGAGGAUUAUUCUGAAAUUCUUAGCAGGCUUCAUUCUGAUCAUUGUCCUAUUUUAGUUCGUUGUCAUGGUAGCCCCAGAGUGAAAGGUUCACAUCCUUUUAGGUUCCAAGCUGUGUGGGCAACACAUCCUUCUUAUAAACAUGUUAUUAGUAAGGCUUGGAAUCAAGAGUUUGGAGGCGUUACCGAAAGACUUAAGAUGGUUCAACAGGCUUCUUUGGACUUCAACUCAAAGAUUUUUGGAAAUAUUUUUGUGCGAAAAAAUAAGCUGGAAUAUCAUAUUGAUCAGAUUCAACGGCCUUUGGAGGUUACCAAUGUGUUAUCUCUAAGAAUUAAAGAAGCUGAACUGAGGGAAGAUUACAAUAGGCUUUUGUUGCAAGAGGAACUUUUUUGGUACCAGAAAUCUAGAGAGCAAUGGGUCAAGUAUGGGGAUAGAAACACUAAAUUCUUUCAUCUUCAGAAUUUGGUGCGUAGAAACCAUAAUAGAGUACAUGGAUUAUAUGUUAGAGAUGGGUCUUGGUCUACUAAUCCAGAUAUUCUCCAGGAAGAAGCCCUCUCUUUUUACAAGAAUCUCUUUGGUACAACGGAAGAGGUUGAGGUUGAUUGUUUAGGGGAUGUUCUGAUGCCCACUCUAAGCACUGAGGCUUGUGCUAGGUUAAUUGACCCUGUCUCUUUUGCGGAAGUCAAGUCAGCAGUAUUCAGUAUGAGCCCUUUUAAGGCUCCUAGUCCAGAUGGCUUUCAAGCUUAUUUUUUUAAAGAAUAUUGGGAGAUAAUAGGCACUGAGAUUUGGAAUAUUGUCCGGAGCACUUUUUUGGGAGAGUUCUUAAAUCCUAGCAUCAUGGAAACUCUGAUUGUGCUUAUUCCUAAAAUUGAUAACCCUACCUUUAUGAAGGAUUUCAGGCCUAUUAGCUUGUGUAAUGUUGUUUAUGAAAUUAUCACCAAAGUAUUGACUAACCGACUUCGGCCUUUUCUUCCAAAUAUUGUUAGUCCUUUACAAGGAGAUUUUAUUCCGGGUCGUGGUGCUCCUGAUAAUAUUAUUGUGGCCCAAGAAAUUCUGAAUUUCAUGAAGCACACAAAAUCCAAGAAAGGAAGAUAUAUUGGAGUUAACCUUAAUCAUUCCCGUACCAGUAGGGCUUCUUUUCAUUCGGUGAUUGAAAAGGUAUCUUUUUUUCCAAAUUGGGUUUGCAAUAAAUUAUCUUCUAUGAUGAGACAGUUCCUUUGGAAGGGUCAAGUUGAUGGUAAAGGUCUUUCUCUUGUUAAUUGGAGGACCGUGAUCACUCCAAAAAAAAUUGGUGGCCUGGGUGUUAGAGAUCUUGCGUGUGUUAAUAUAUCUUUACUUGGUAAAUUGGUGUGGCAACUUUUUCAUUGUCAGGACAAGUCUUGGGUUGCUCUAUUAAGGGCGAAGUAUCUGAGGAAUGAGGGAGUUUUAGAUGGCCUUGUCCCUUGCAAUGCUUCUCAUGUUUGGAAGAGUAUCUCAAAGGCUUUUGGUGCUCUUAAGGAUGCCUUCUCUUGGUGCGUUGGGUCACUUGAUCAAUCUUUUUGGUUUGACAAUUGGAGUAUUGAGGGCCCAAUUGCUCAAGAUGUCCCUUUUGUACAUAUAUCUGACUCUGAUUUAACUAUUAGAGACGUUUGGAAAGAUAGUCAAUGGAAUCUCCAUGAUAUUUUCUCUAUCAUCCCAGAAGAUGUCAAACAGCGUUUGAAUGCUUAUAAUCCGGAUUUGAAUGCUGGAGAGAGUUCGGGUUGGUCGUGGGGUGUGGCAUCUUCUAAACUUUACUCAGCUAGGAGUGGGUACAAUUGGCUAGCCAAAAGAAAGUUUGACUGGAAUGAGCAUGAUAAUUGGUUGUGGAAUAGUUCUGAAUCAAUUCUUCAUUGUCUUCGGGAGUGCCCUAGUGCCAAGGAGGUCUGGAACCUUUUAGGCCUGUAUUCAGAUAACUCGAAUUUACAUGAUUGGUUCUACAGAGGUGCAAGGAGUGAAAAUAUUUUUCUUUUCUUUUCGACCAUCUGGUGGAUUUGGAGAAGCAGGAAUCAUGACUUAUUUAAUAUAGAUGAUUCAUGGAGUGCUAGUAAAGUGGUGAGUUUGAUUCGUAGUUCAGUAAGGGAGUUUCACACUAGUUUUACUAUGCAUCAAUCUCUGUCUCCUCCUUCACUUUGUUUGCAUUGGGUUCCACCUCCAGUUUAUUCUGUUAAAUUAAAUUGUGAUGCUAGUUGGUUUGCUCCUUCUGGCUAUGCUGGUUUUGGUUGGAUCAUUCGCAAUCCUGAUGGAUGUUGGUUGAAAGGUUGUACUGGGAAAGUCGAAGUGUGCAGUGUUCUUUUUGCUGAAUUGUAUGCAAUUUGGAGAGGUUUACUUCUUGCUUGGGAGAGUGGAUUUCGUGAGGUUAUUUGUGAAACAAACUGUUUAGAAGCUCUUUAA